CCCUAAUUCCUUGCUGCUAUGCCGACGCCUGGCGAUGGCGGCAGCUACUCCCUGGAGAAAUUCAAGCUCUACGAGACGCAAUCGUGGUUCUACCUGGUUGCGAGGGAUUCCGAGAAGCGGCACUGGAGAAUCCUCAAGAUCGACAGGACCGAGCCUGCGGAGCUCAAUAUUGUGGAAGAUCCCGUCGUCUACACCAAGCACGAAUGCGCGGGGAGCUUGCAGAGGGUCGCCGAGGGCAACAAGGCCACUGGUGGACUCCAUCUCGUCACCAAGGCUUACGGCAUUGUCGGGUUUAUCAAGUUCCGCGAAUCACAUUACAUGAUCCUUGUUUCCAAGCGUCGCCAGAUUGGAAGUUUGUGUGGUCAUGCUGUGUAUGCGAUCGAUGAGAACCAGCUUCUCACCGUUCCUCAUCCCACUGUCCAGACCGAAGUAGCAGCUUCCAAGACCGAGCUCAGGUAUAGGAAGCUGCUGUCUAGCGUGGAUCUCACCAAAGACUUCUACUUCAGCUACACGUACAAUCUCAUGCACACUCUCCAGAGGAACGCACUAGAAGCGGGUGAAGGUGCGGAUAGUAACAUUCCUUACGACAACAUGUUCGUUUGGAAUGCUUUUCUGACGCUGGGAAUUCGUCGUCGUCUUGGAAACACCAGGUGGACUGUGGCGCUAGUUCACGGGCACUUUGAGCAGGCAAAGCUUUCAAUCUAUGGUCAUGUUUUCUCCCUCACGCUCAUUGCACGGAGGUCGCGGCAUUUUGCCGGGACGAGAUAUCUCAAAAGAGGUGUGAAUGAUAAAGGCAGAGUCGCAAAUGAUGUCGAAACCGAGCAGAUUGUGAUUGACGAGACCAAGCCGGGCCUCAUGAGCUCUGUGGUGCAAAACCGUGGAUCCAUCCCGCUCUUCUGGUCACAAGAAGCUUCUCGCCUCAGUCCAAAGCCCGACAUUGUCUUACAAAGAUAUGAUCCGGUCUAUCUGGCUACCAAGCUGCAUUUUGAAGACCUUUCACGAAGAUAUGGCGAUCCAAUCAUAAUUCUCAACCUUAUAAAGACGGUGGAGAAAAGACCGCGUGAAAUGAUGCUGCGACGUGAAUUUGCAACUGCAGUCGGUUAUCUCAAUCAGAUUCUUCCUGAAGAACGCCGUUUAAAGUUUAUCCACUGGGACUUCCACAAGUUUGCCAAAAGUAAGUCUGCAAAUGUCUUGGCUGUGCUUGGAGCUGUUGCAACUGAAGCAUUGGACUUGACUGGCUUCUACUACAGCGGGAGACCAUGGAAAGAAAAAAAGAAAUUUCAACGUCCGUCUUUAUACACUGGGGGUUCUGAAACGGCAAGCUCCAGCGAUACAGUAAACUAUGACCGAGGGAGGACCUUGCAAUCUGGAGUUUUGAGAACAAAUUGUAUUGAUUGCCUGGAUCGCACAAAUGUUGCGCAGUACGCAUAUGGCUUGGCAGCACUUGGACGGCAACUGCAUUCCGUUGGAAUCACAAACGUACCGCGAGUAGAUCCUGACAGUACCAUAGCCGCAGCUCUGAUGGACAUGUACCAGAAUAUGGGAGAUGCAUUGGCUCUUCAGUAUGGUGGCUCCGCAGCUCACAACACCGUGUUUCCUGAGAGGCAUGGGAGGUGGAAGGCGACCACGCAGUCUCAAGAGUUCUUGAAGUCAAUUAAGCGGUACUACAGCAACACUUACACUGACGGCGAGAAGCAAGACGCGAUGAACUUGUUCUUAGGCUACUUCCAACCGCAAGAAGGAAAACCAGCUCUGUGGGAUCUUGAUUCAGAUUACUACCUUCAUGUCGCUGGCUGUGGCGAGGAAUUGUUUGAAGAUUUCGUCUUGAAGCCGUCGCCGAAACUUGAAGCCAGCAGCUCAAAAACGACGAUUUCAAAGCUAUCGACUUCCAAUGACGAGUCCACUCGGUUGAAGCUGACAUCAUUUGAUAAAAUCAUGCAGGUGACGAGCGGAUUACUGAAGGUAGUCUGCACUCAGAGUGAUUCAGAUCCGAAAGGAACCUGCACGGCCCCUGAUGCUGCAGAAGUGCAGUUAAAGAGUCCCAACUGGCUGUUUGGCCAACGGAAGCAUGAGGAGCCGCCAGCAGUUGUGGCGUCAGAGCCAUUGCAAAAAGAGAAGCAAUCUGAAGUUUCUACGGAGGACGAUUGGGUAGCACUGGUGAUGCCUUCCGAACAGGAUGUAUCUGACAGUCUAUCCCUUACGACGGAGUCAGAGAAAUGGUAUGGGAGCGAUCUUCUUUUUGGAACUGUCGAAAAUAGCCCGGCUUAUCUGCACUACGCUCAAUUUUGCGAGCAGGUUGGAAGCGUCAAUCCCUUUGAUCGUGGCACGGACGAAACAGACUACUUUUGCGACAACAAUCAAGACGACGGGGACGUUGCAUCAGCCAUGGAGGCUGCUCUGGCCGAGUUUGAUGAACUUUGUGCUCUAGAUUCAUAGGCUACUACCAGGGGGAAGUUAAUGGUUCCAAGGCAUAGGGUUCUUCUGCCUAAUGCCCCGAGGCCAUGCGAACAAGCGGCGUGUGCGCAGGGGAGUCCAUUUCCAUCCAGGUAUGCAAUCACAGGA